ACUUAAUCUUCAAAUGUUACGAUCUUACAAAUACCUAACCUUCUUUGUUAUCAAAACAAAAUAUAUAAAUAGAUGCAGGUUAAGUAUAUGUUAUAGUUUAUAUUCUUUAUACGUGAUAAUAAUUAUUUGGUUGACAAUUAUGGUACGAAAAUUAAAAUAUCAUGAACAGAAAUUGCUAAAAAAAGUUGAUUUUAUAUCAUGGGAAGCAGAUAAUAAUUUGCACGAAAUAAAAAUUUUAAAACGUUAUCGAAUACAAAAAAGAGAAGAUUAUACGAAAUAUAAUAAAUUGGCACGAGAAAUUCGUGAAUUAGGCAAAAAAAUUAAAGAAAUUGACCCAGAACAUCCAUUUCGAAUAGAGCAGAGUGCAUUAUUAUUAGAGAAAUUAUAUAUGAUGGGACUUAUAGCAACAAAAUGGGAUUUGUCUUUAACACAAAAAGUGAGUGCUAGUUCAUUUUGUAGAAGACGUUUGCCAGUUGUUAUGGUACGAAAUAAAAUGAGCCAAAAUUUAAAAAUGGCUAUACAAUUCAUAGAACAAGGUCAUGUUAGAGUUGGUACAGAAGUUGUAAAAGAUCCAGCAUUUUUAAUAACAAGAAAUCUGGAAGAUUUUGUUACUUGGGUAGACACAUCAGCUAUUAAAAUACAUGUAUUAGAAUACAAUGAUGCUAGAGAUGAUUUUGAUAUGGCAUAAAUAAGAUAA